AUGUCGACCACCCGCUAUAAGGACCCAAUCCCUGAGGGUGUCUGCGUCUUCACCACCCUUGACGAAGCCGCCAAAAUUCAACAGGCGAACCCGUAUGCCAUUUUCUAUCCCGAGAACAACGGCCACUACGCGAAGGAUCCGGAUGGGACUGUCGUCGCCGUGGCAUCGGACGAAAUGUUUGGAAGCGAAGAUUGCCGCGGGCGAGAAGCUGACGGAUGA